GCCCGAGGUUCCGCCUGUCGGCAGCGGUUAGCGGGUCGCCCCCCAGUUGGCCUCCAGGCCUCGUAUCACCGUCCCUUGCGGGCCCGACGCCGCGGCGGGGGGACCCUCGGGGACGCCAUGGUUCUCCUGCAUGUGAAGAGAGGCGACGAGAGCCAGUUCCUGCUGCAGACGCUCGGGAGCGCCGAGCUGGAGGAGCUCACGGUGCGGGUGACCCGGGUCUACAACGGGCGGCUCAAGGUGCAGCGGCUCUGCUCAGAAAUGGAAGAACUGGCGGAACAUGGCAUAUUUCUCCCUCCUAACAUGCAAGGACUGACCGAGGAGCAGAUCGAGGAGCUGAAGUUACGGGAUGAAUGGGGAGAAAAAUGCAUACCUAGUGGAGGCUCAGUUUUUAAAAAGGAUGAGAUUGGACGAAGGAAUGGCCACGCCCCGAAUGCAAAAAUGCAGCAGGUUUUAAAGAAGACUGUAGAAGAAGCCAAAGCAAUAAUCUCUCAGAAACAAGUGGAAGCCGGUAUCUGUGUUACUAUGGAGAUGGUGAAAGAUGCCCUGGACCAGCUUCGAGGUGCAGUGAUGAUUGUCUAUCCCAUGGGGUUGCCACCAUACGAUCCCAUCCGGAUGGAAUUUGAAAAUAAAGAAGAGCUAUCAGGAACUCAGGCAGGUCUCAGUGUCAUUCAAGAAUCAGAGGCACAGCUGUGGUGGGCAGCCAAGCAGCUGAGAAGAACCAAGAAGCUUGCAGACUAUGUGGGGAAAAAUGAAAAAACCAAAAUUAUUGUCAAGCUUCAGCAAAGGGGCCAGGGGCCGCCGGCGCGCGAGCCCAUCAUCAGCAACGAGGAGCACAAGCAGCUGAUGCUGUUCUACCACCGCCGGCAGGAGGAGCUCAAGAAACUGGAAGAGAAUGAUGACGACUCCUGUUUAAAUUCUCCGUGGGCAGACAACACUGCUUUGAAAAGACAUUUUCAUGGGGUAAAGGACAUCAAGUGGAGACCCAGGUGAAGCUGGUUGGCAAAGCCGCCAGACGGCAAAGUGAAGUCACACAAAGGACUCGCCACCUGCUAUCAAAGAUGCUGAAAUUUGUAUUUUCCUAGUUUUAGUCUUAAUUUUUCAAAAAAAAGUUAUUCGAGAUUUUAGAACUUACUAAAUAUGUUCACAAAAUAAAAUGUGUAAAUUA